UUUUUUUACUAUUUAACAUUAUGUCAGUCAAAUUUAUGUAUUACCUUUGAAUUUAUGCAAGAGCUUUGAUGGAAUAAAUAUAUAUAUAUAUAUAUAUAUUUUAAUUUUAAUUUUAAUUUUUAAUUAUUGUAGACAGGCACUUCCACUGUCUCAAAGUUUGUCACCCAACCAGGACUGUCAUACCUGCAAGUCACCACACGGGGUCAAACGUCCACCAUGAUGUCAGGUUUUGUUCUACAGUCUAUGGUUAUGUUUACUUGUUUACAGCUCUUCGUUACAUAAUUCUGGUUGCGUUGCUGCACAUAUCUCUUUUUCAGAUCAUAUAGGUGCAACCUGUAGUGACACACUGUUAUGACAAUUUAAUAAAAUUACCAAUUAUAGGGCAAAUAAACAACAAACAGGUUAAUUUUGCAGGGUAUUUAAAAAAAGUGUGUUUAUGCUGCCUUCACGUGCUAGUCGGAAGAUCCGUAAAUUGUCGGAAUUACGAGAAUGUCAUGUUCAAGUGCUUUGAUGUCGGAACGAAUUGAAAAGAAGGCAAAAUUGCUCAUGUCAUAUAGUUAAUUUGUUAUGGAUGUAACGAUAAAUGGCAUUGGUCUAUAUCAAUUUAAGUGUACAGUGAUUACAGAUUAAAAUCAUGUAGCAACAGCUACUACUUGUUGCACUGAAUUACAUGCAUUACAUUACUGAAUCUCCCUCUUCUCUGCCAUGUUUAAAGGUUCUGGUCACAACUCGGGAACUCUCGUAUCAAAAUGAUCUCAGAGUUUCCCAGUCGUAAUUACGAUUUCAGGGGGGGCGUUCAAGUGCCAGUUCCACGUCGGCAUGUCGUAUUUACCAUAAUUCCGAUACCACUUGAAGGCAGCAUUAGGGAGGGAGGGGGCGUAAGAUGCGCGCUCGUGAGUCAGUAGAGUUCACAGAGCCGUAGCGAGGAGACGUUUCCGCCCUCAAGAAAGAUGGCGGCUCCCUUGAUGGAGAAGCUGGCGGACUCCCUAGGUUCCCCGGAGCCAGCGGUUCGACUCAUGCUAUCUAUCUUGAUCGGUUAUCCCUUUGCUCUGGUGUAUCGGCGAUACUUGUUCCACGAGUCUUCCACAGUUAUUCAUUUAUUCCACGCACUCUCCGGACUGUCUCUAGCGGCGUUCAACUUUGCAGGCUCUCAGCUUUAUCACUCCGCAGUAUGCAUCCUUGUCCAAUUCCUGAUGCUGAGGCUCAUGGGAAGGACGGUGACAACUGUCCUGUGCAGCUUUACCUUUCAAAUGGUUUACCUGCUGGCAGGGUAUUACUACACAGCAACAGAGGAGUAUGACAUCAAGUGGACUAUGCCUCAUUGUGUCCUCAUGCUGAAACUCGUCGGUUUGUCAUUUGAUUACUAUGACGGCGGAAAGGAACCAUCACAGCUGAGUUCAGACCAAAAGAAAGCAGCCCUGCAGUCUGUUCCCUCUCUGCUCGAGGUGUGUGGCUUUUCGUACUUCUACGGAGGCUUCCUGGUGGGGCCCCAGUUCACGCUGCGAAGCUACCAGAGGCUGGUGGCAGGGGAGCUCACCGACUGCCCCGGAAAGCCUCCCAACAGUGCGAUACCUGCUAUGAAGAGGUUUGCUCUGGGUUUUCUCUGCUUGGUGAUAUAUACAAUAUUUAGUCCCUAUUACCCAGACAGCUACUACUUAACAGAUGAGUACGAGGCUCAGCCGUUCUGGUACCGCUGUGUGUUUAUUCUUCUCUGGGCUAAAGUCAUUUUGUACAAAUAUGUCAGCUGUUGGGUUAUAGCGGAGGGUGUGUGCGUACUAACAGGCCUCGGCUACAAUGGUGUUGUGGAGGGUGAGCACCAGUGGGACGCCUGUGCCAACAUGAAGGUGUGGCUCUUUGAAACCACGCCGCUUUUCGGAGGAACCAUUUCUUCCUUCAACAUCAACACAAAUGCCUGGGUUGCCAGACAUGUCUUCAAGCGGUUGAAGUUCCUUGGCAACAAGACCCUGUCUCAUGUGACCACACUGUUGUUUUUGACAAUUUGGCACGGCCUUCACUCUGGAUACGUCUUGUGCUUCUCCAUGGAAUUCUUCAUCAUCACUGUAGAGAGACAGGCCCUGGCGCUGGUGAGGGACAGCCCCUUGCUGACGAAGCUGUCCAACAGCGCACUCUACCCUCUCAUCUAUGUAGUCCAGCAGUUUAUACACUGGCUCUUCAUGGGCUACCCCCUAGUGCCAUUUUGCCUCUUCACCUAUGAUAAAUGGCUCAAGGUGUAUUCGUCUAUCUAUUUCUGUGGUCAUGUAUUCUUCCUCGUAGCCUUUUUAAUCAUGCCAUACCUCCGUAAGGCGCUGGUGCCUAAGAAAGAACGGAGCCAGAAGCAGGAAUAAAAACUUGGUACUAAGACCUGGCAUUAAGACCUGGCAUGGUCUGUCUGAGGCUAAAUAUCCAGUGAAGGGAACUGUGAUCUUCAAGGAGAAGAAUGGAAAAUAUUUUAAGGCCUUUAGUAAUAUAUAUGUCCAUGUAAAAAUAAAUUUCUAUAUAUUUUUGUGUUUUAAAUGGGAAGGGUGUUUUUUAUAAACAUUCAGAGAAAUGUUUACAGGAAAUAACCAUCGUGCCACGUGGGGUCAUUGUGAGCCAAUCAGGGGUGGUUUCCUGUUUGUCUGUUGUUCUCUUUUGUUGUUCAUUCGAAGACAUGCGGGACUUGUAGAAGUUGAGAGACUUACAUGCUGUCGACACAGAAUUGCACUCACCAGUCACGGGUUCAGGGUCUGUCACUGACUCUGAUGUGUUUUUAUGUUCCAUUCCCCUGUCUCACGUCCUGCACCUGCAUUUUACAGCAGCAUUGAGCCUCCGUGGGAGGUUUGAGCACAGCGCCAGCGUGUGUGGCGCUUUCUAAUGUAAUAAUACAACAUGCAUACAGCUUUCUGCAAAAGCCACAUGAUAAGGAUGAUGAUGAUGAUAAUAAUAGUAAUAAUCAGGGGGGUUGUUUCUUGAGAAUGCCUGCCAGUGGUUAUUCAAGCACUGUAAAUCACACACACUGUACGUUAACACCGACUCAAAAUGGCCUUGUAUUAAUGAAUGUUUUUACAGUACAUUUGUCCUGGUUUUAAUUUGAUUUGUUAUAUAAAAAAAAGACUUGAUUUUCUAGAGUUUUAACAGCUUUUAUGAAAAAGAACAUUUUGUAGCUUUGGAUAAGAUUUCAUGAAUUGUUGCAUCGUUCUCCUGCCUUUCCUCAUUCGAUGUUGUAGUAAUUAUGUUUUGAUUUUUUUGCCAUACAUCCUCCGCUCCCUCAGUUCAGUCUAUGCCUCUCCUUGUGUCUGUCAGCCUUGAUUCAAGACUGGCCCUUCAGCUCUGAAAUGCACAGAUGUUAAAGUUACUUGUGCAUUGUGUGAUCACUGCAGUUAAUUGUUAAGAAGACUUUCACCCUGGUCUUCAUAAACGAGGCAUAGACCGGAGACGAGGAAUUG